AUCAGACACUCUCCCCUACGAGCCCCAUUGACCAACCAAGAACCAGACCAGACCAGACCACCACUAAUCCCAUCCUGUGUGCUUUUUCUUCGCCCCCUUAUGGCGCCAGCAAGCGACCUCCCUUGCGAUGGAGACGGCAUUUGCAUGAUUUGCAAUAAUCAACCCCCAUCCGAAGAAACCCUUACCUGCAAAACAUGCGUCACUCCCUGGCACGUCACUUGCCUCUCCUCACGCCCCGAAAACUUAGCCGAUACUCUUCAAUGGGAGUGCCCGGACUGCUUCAUGUUGAAUCCAUCCCUCACCGGAGGAUCCAAGUCUCAGAGGGGCUCUGGCGGCCUGAUCGCUGCGAUUCAAGCGAUCCAGUCGGAUGGCUCGCUCUCUGAGUUGGAGAAGGCUAAGAGGCGGCAGCUGCUCCUCAGCGGAGGCGCUCCAUCGUCUGAAGGAGAGGAUGUGAAUUCUGAUAAGAAGCGGCUCAACGAUGAUGACGAUACACUCCAUGACCGAUUAAACUGUUCGUUUUGCAUGCAUUUACCAGAUAGGCCAGUUACUACGACGUGUGGUCAUAACUUUUGCCUCAAGUGCUUCCAAAGAUGGAUUAAUCAAGGAAAGCGCACGUGUGCAAAUUGCCGUUAUCCAAUCUCAUCCAAGAUGGCAAGCAACCCUCGGAUAAAUUCUGCACUUGUUAUUGCCAUCCGCAUGGCAAAAAUGUCGAAAUCCAGCACUGCUGGGGGACCUCCUAAGGUAUAUCAUUCUGUCGACAAUGAAAACAAGCCGGACAAAGCAUACACCACUGAAAGAGCAAAGAAAGCUGGAAAGGCUAAUGCUUGUAGUGGCAAGAUCUUUGUCACUAUUCCCUUCGAUCACUUUGGGCCAAUUCCUGCUGAGAAUGAUCCAGUGAGAAAGCAGGGUGUUUUGGUCGGAGAAUUGUGGGAAGAUAGGCUGGAGUGUAGACAAUGGGGUGCCCACCUUCCCCAUGUUGCAGGAAUUGCUGGCCAGUCAGCUUAUGGUGCCCAAUCAGUGGCUCUCUCCGGAGGUUAUGUAGAAGAUGAGGACCACGGUGAAUGGUUUCUUUACACUGGAAGUGGAGGAAGAGACCUUAGUGGCAAUAAACGAACGAACAAGGAACAGUCCUUUGACCAGAAGUUUGAAAAGUCAAACGAGGCAUUGCGAGUAAGUUGCCGAAAAGGAUAUCCUGUACGAGUAGUGAGAUCUCAUAAAGAGAAGCGAUCUUCUUAUGCCCCGGAAAAAGGUGUACGUUAUGAUGGUAUUUAUAGAAUUGAGAAAUGCUGGCGUAAGAAUGGAGUGCAGGGCUACAAGGUUUGCAGGUAUCUAUUUGUUAGAUGUGACAAUGAGCCUGCACCAUGGACAAGUGAUGAUCAUGGGGACCGUCCAAGGCCUCUGCCAGUCAUCGGGGAGCUAGAUAAUGCAAUUGAUGUAACUGAAAGGAGAGGAUCUCCAUCCUGGGACUAUGAUGAGCAAAAAGGUUGUUGGAUGUGGAAGAAACCUCCACCAUGCAGUAGAAAGCAAGAUGAUGGUGGAAAUCCAGAGGAUGGCAAGAAGACGAGGAAAGUUAAGCAGCAAGGACAAGACAUGCCUGCGAGAGAAAAUUUUCCUAAAGGAUUAAGCUGCCAAAUUUGUUGGAAGGUGAUGACUAACCCUAUUACUACCCCUUGCGGUCACAAUUUUUGCAAAGCAUGCCUAGAGGGUACUUUUGCUGGUAAAAGUCUCAUGAGGCAGCGGACAUGCCAAGGUGGACGAACAUUAAGGACCCAGAAAAACGUUAUGAAAUGUCCGUCCUGUGUAAAUGACAUAGCUGAGUAUCUACAAAAUCCACAGGUUAAUAGAGAAUUGAUGGGUAUGAUUGAAUUACUACAACGCAGAGAGUCAGAGUUUGAAAAUUUUGAUGAUUCUACUGAAGAAAGUGAUGACGCAUGUGAGACAAUUGAUGCAGUUGCUGACACCAAAAUAUGCAAUGUAGUUAGUGAAACUCAGGAAGAAGCCAAAGAUAACAUUUUGAGCCCUCAAAGAGAAACUAAAGCCCUGCAAAUGUACAAGCCAGAGCAGGAAAGUAGUGGAAAUGACGAGUCAAAUGUUGCUGGUCAGGAGGAAGGGAAAUUGCUUGAACAACCUGAUAAUGUGGCAGAGUGCAAAGAACAACCCACUAUAGCCGAAGUCAAGCGGAACUACAGGAGAAAAAAGACUAGCGAUGAAGGGAGUCAUUCACUGGUGGAUCUUGGAGUAAAGACCAGGAACAAGAAGGCUAAAAUGACAGUUAACAAUGAAGAAUCUCAAUGAUUUUAUUUGCAGGAUAUAGAGUUCUAUUUAUAAAAAAAUAUAUGUUGUUGUAAAAGUUGAGAGCUUUAUAUUCAUAAUUUUCACAGCUCUUGGGACAAAGAUUCAGAACUAGUUUACUUUAAAGCGCCAUACCUGGAAACAUUUGAGGGAAAAUGGGUAUGUCUAAGGUCAAUGAAUAUAGAUAUUGUUAUUCUGGCCAGAAUGCCGGUUUUAUCCUGCAAA